AUGAGUCUCAAUAAAGAACAAGUAGCGGAUCUUUUGCAAAAUAAGAACUCCGAUAGCGAAAUCGAGGACAACUUGGAAGUCGAUCCUUAUGACUCUGACGAUAGCGCAGCAGAUCCUUCUUUCGUGCCAUUUCGACUGGAAGAAGACCUACAAAAUAUUUUGUUAGACGAUUCUGAAUCCCCAACAAUUUCAGUACCAUAUCAAGCCACUAGCAAUGCGUCAGAUUCAUGA